AUGGCUGCGGCCGACGUCUUGACAUUCGCCGGGAGCUGCUUCGAGAACGAAUAUGGCUACCCGAGACCUCAUACCGAGACGAUUGGGCCGGAUGAGCUGCCGGUGGCGCUGCGGUUGCAUGCCAUAGCUAAAGCCUGGCUCACGAUACGAUGCGACGCCUCGAGCCGCCGUUCCUCACCAUUCUCUCGACACGCAUCGAAACGACCAUUGAACAAACCGACAUGGAAAAUCACAUGGCCGCCUCAAUGUUCCUCUGAGCAUGAGGAAACAGACCGAGUCGCUGAUCCGACUGGAACCGAUCGAUUAGCCCACUCGGCGGAGCCCUGCAGCUCAGCACCCUUUGCAUCCGUUACGGCCAGAACUUCUUCCCGAUCUCAGUCUAGAAAACAGUUCCUGGAUGACCCCAUCCUCAACGUUAUGGUCGACUUCGACUCCAGACGAGGCAUUUACGAAUAUGCCAAAAAGAAAGGAAAGAAGGCUACAUCAGUGCCCCUGAACCUCGCUCCCGAGAAGAAGGACGACAUCAAGUUGGGGGAAGAUAUAGGAGGGAAACUCGAUGUGAAUUUCGGCGCCCCAGGCUCAAAAAAUGGUGCUGGGUCAUGGGGCACAGGAGGAGGCGGUGGUGGUUGGGAUUGGAGUGGCGCCCCAGGUGCAGACCCUGGUGGAGGAGGGGCAGGAGGAGGUGGGAACGCCGAGGGUAACCCCUGGAGCAUUGACCGCCCCAAGCCCAAGAAAACAAAUAAGUCCACAUUCAGCUUCGGCGCAGACGAACCGGACGAUUCUGGCGGCAAACCUGAUGAUGAUUGGGGAUUUGUUUCCACCAAGGACAAAAAGAAGCAGAGCAACCUGUGGGGUCAAGAAGAGGAUAACAAGGACGCUUGGGCCUUUGGCGCUUCCAACAAGAAGGGUUCCGCCGCCCUCCUCGACGGCACGCUAGACGACCCAACGCCUGGCAAGAAGGAGGACGACAUCUGGGACACUUGGGGCGGUGGCGACCCCAAAGCCAAAAAGAAGAACCUACUUGGUGAUUUCGGCCCGCCUGACCCCGCGCCAGAGCCCGCCGCUGGCUCUUCCGCAAUCGACAGCUUCUGGGGGGCCGUCACCGGGAAGAAGGACACCAAGAAGAAAAUCCCCGAGGCUCCCGACCCGCCAGCAUCCAUGGGCCUGGAUGACGACUUCGGCUGGGGAUUUGGCAGCAAGAAGAAGCCAGAGCCGAAACCAGUCGAGGACGAGGGCGAGUUCUGGAGCUUCGCCAAGAAAAUCACCAAGAAGACGAAUGCGCUUUUCGCCGACGAGGAACCCGCUCCAGUCAAGCAAGAGCCGGCUGCCGACGACAGCUGGGGCUUUUGGGGUGCGAAGAAGCGGGAGAAGAAGCCCGCUCUCUUUGACGAUCCUGUUCCGGAAGCGCCGCCCAAAAAGAACGCACUCGAUGACUUGAUCCAGCUUGACGAUGGCGUCGGCGGCGGCGGCGGCGAUGAUUUCUUCAGCUCCUUUGGAGUCGCCAAGAAAAAUCAAGAGGAUGAAGCUGCACGUGCUGCAAAGGAAAAAGAGAUUGCAGCUGAAGAGGAGGAGCUUGCCGCCUUAGAGCUUAAGAAGCUGAAGAAGACCGGCAAGCAUGCUCUGAAGAAGGACCGAGACCGCUAUGACCUCUUGAAGGCCAACCAGGAACAACGAGCGAUGAACAAUGCGAUCAAAGAAGCGGAGGAGCAAGCUGCCCGUGAGGCGGAGGCGGCCGCGGCAGAGCAAGCUCGAAUAGCGGAGGAAGAGAAAGCUAAAGCCGAGGCGGAGGCGAUUGAAGCAGCAGCCGAAGACACAGAAUUCGCCGACCUGGAAGCCAAAAGGGUUAGAAGAGGAGGAAAACUUACUCUCAAGAAGGACAGAGACCGGUGGGAUGUUCUCAAAGCCAAAGCUGAGGAGAGGGCUGCAAAACGAGCCGCCCUUGAAGCCGAAUCGCUGCUCGUCGAGGUACCACCGCCACCGCCUCCAGAACCCGAAGGUCCGGAUCCUGCUCAACUUGCUGCUGAGGAGGAAGCGGCAAGGCUCGCGGAAGAGAAAGCUCGAGCCGAGGCCGAAGAACAGGAAAUCGCUGCCGAGGAGAAAGAACUCGCGGCGCUUGAGGCCAAGAAGGCGAUGAAGAAGGGCAAACUUGUCUUGAAGAAGGACCAGGACCGUUACAACAUCCUCAAAGGCAAGGCUGACCAGCGAGCUGAAGCAAAAGCUGCCGCUGAAGCUCAAGCGGCAGCCGAGGCACAAGCCGCUGCUGAGGCAGAGGCAGCCGCAGCCGCAGAGGCCGAAGCAGCAGCAGCAGCCGCAGCAGAAGCCGCCGCAGCAGCCGAGGCUGAAGAAGCUGCUCGUCUCGCGGUCGAACAAAUCGCAGCUGAAGAAAAAGAGCUCGCAGAUUUAGAGACAAAAAAGGCUAGGAGGGGCAGGCUCACCUCUAAGUUAGAUCGAGACCGAUACGACGAGCUAAAGGCUAAAGCGGACCAGAGAGCCCAGGAAAGAGCAGCAAAGGAGGCAGAGGAAGCUGCAGCAGCAGCCGAAGCUGAAGCAGCAGCCGCCGCCGAAGCAGCCGCCGCAGCGGAGGCCGCAGCAGCACAAGAAGCGGAGGAGGCUGCCGCCCGCGCUGCUGUAGAGCUCGCCGCAGAAGAACAGGAGCUUGCAGACCUCGAGACCAAAAAGGCGAAGAGAGGCAGACUUACCUCUAAACCGGAUAGAGAUCGAUACGACGUGCUCAAGGGCAAAGCAGAAAAGAGAGCUCAGGAGAAGGCAGCAAAGGAGGCAGAGGAGGCUGCUGCAGCUGCCGAAGCUGAAGCAGCAGCAGCCGCCGAAGCAGCCGCCGCAGCAGAGGCAGCAGCAGCACAGGAGGCUGAAGAGGCCGCUGCUCGUGCUGCUGAAGAGGUCGCUAUCGAGGAGCAAGAGCUUGCAGACCUCGAGACCAAAAAGGCGAAGAGAGGCAGACUUACCUCUAAACCGGAUAGAGAUCGAUACGACGAGCUCAAGGGCAAAGCAGAGAAGAGGGCGCAGGAAAAAGCAGCAAAGGAAGCAGAAGAAGCAGCAGCUGCAGCAGCCGCUGCGGAGCCUGAGCCCGAGCCUGAGCCCGAGGUCGCGCCUGAACCUGAACCCGAACCCGAGCCUGAGAUUGAUCAUGAGGCUGCUGAGAGGGAAGCCAAAGAAAUUGCGCUUGAAGAAGAGGAAUUAGCACUUCUAACUAAGAGGGCCCUUAGGGGUAAGCUUUUGAAGAAGGACAAGGAUCGCUACGAAAUCCUGAAGAAGAAAUCCCAGGAGAGAGCCGACGAGAAAGCAGCCAAGGAGGCAGCGGAGGCAGAGGCAGAGGCAGCAGCGGCGGCGGCAGCAGCAGCAGAGCCAGAGCCAGAACCGGAGCCGGAGCCGGAGCCAGCGGAGGAGCCAGUACCGGAGGCUGAUGAAGCUGCAGCUCUCGCUGAAGCAGAAGCUGCUCUCAUUGCGGAGGAAGAGGCAGAACUUGCAGCCUUGGAGGUCAAGAAGGGACGAAAGAAUAAGUUCACGAAGAAAGAUAAGGAGAGAUACGACCAAUUGAAGGACAAGGCAAAUGCAAGGGCCGAGGCCGAGGCGGCUCGACUGGCAGAAGAGGCGGCGGCGAGAGAAGCCGAGGAGCUUGCUGCCAAGGAGGCUGAGGAAGCAGCUGCCAGGGAAGCUGAGGAGGCUGCAGCUCGGGAAGCAGAAGAGGCAGCCGCCCGGGAAGCGGAGGAGGAAGCCGAACUUGCAGCAUUGGAAGUUAAGAAGGCCAAGAGAGGGAGGCUUCCGGCCAAGAAAGAUCGCGACCGCUACGAUGAACUCAAGGAGCGCAUUGAUGCACGGGCGGCGGCAAAAGCUGCAGAAGCUGAGCUUGAGCCUGAACCCGGACCCGAACCUACUCCCGAAGAGGAAGAUCCAGAGGCAGCGGAAGCCGCUGCCAAGGAAGCCGAAGAAGCCGCCGCUGCUGCUGAAGCUGAAGCAGCGGCAGCAGCAGAAGCCCAAGCAGCAGCCGAAGCCGAAGCGGCGGCAGCUCGUGAAGCUGAGGAGAUUGAGAUUGAAGAUGCCGAGCUUGCUGAGCUCGAAGCCAGGAAGGCUAAGCGAGGGAAGCUGGCGAGCAAAAAAGAGCGUGAGCGCUACGACUAUCUCAAGGAACGAGCUGACAAAAGAGCUGAGGAGAAGGCAGCGGCUGAAGCAGCAGCGGCUGAAGCAGAAGCCGCCGAAGCAGCCGCCGCAGCCGAAGCAGCCGAAGCAGAAGCUGCAGCUGCAGCAAAGGAAGCCGAAGAGGCUGCAGCAAGGGAGGCUGAAGAGAUUGCAGUAGAAGAGGCGGAACUUGCUGAGUUAGAAGCUAGGAAAGCUAGGAGGGGAAGACUCCCCUCUAAGUUUGUUGAAAGAUACGACUUUCUCAAAGAGCGUUCGGAGAAACGGGCUGCGGAUGCUGCUGCUGCUGCUGCCGCCGCCGCCGAGGCAACCGUAGAAGAAGAAGAAGAAGCUGAACCAGAGCCAGAGCCUGAGCCUGAGCCUGAACCUGAAGAAGCCCCCGAGGAGGUUUUUGAAGACGCUGAGGCUGAGGCCGAGGCUGAUGAUGCAGCUGCCGCUGAAGCAGCUGCUCGGGAAGCUGAGGAAAUCCUUCUCGAGGAGCAGGAACUAGCUGAUCUUGAGGCUCGGAAAGCCAGAAAGGGAAAACUCUCCUCCAAGAGCACCGAAAGAUACGAGCUUUUGAAGGAACGAUCAGAGAAACGGGCUGCGGAUGCUGCUGCUGCCGCUACCGCUGCCGAGGCCGCUGUAGAAGAAGAAGAAGCCGAACCCGAGCCUGAGCCAGAGCCUGAGGCUGAGGUUGAUGACGGACCUACAGCUGAAGAAAUCGAAGCGGAGGAGCAGGAGCUAGCUGAUCUAGAGGCGAGGAAGGCCAGAAAAGGAAAGCUCUCAUCUAAGAGCACCGAAAGAUACGAGUAUCUGAAAGAACGCUCAGAACAGCGGGCAGCAGCAGCGGCUGCUGCCGCUGAGGCAGCUGAAGAAGCUGAGGCAGAGCCAGAGCCUGAACCUGAACCUGAGGAGACUCCUGAGGUUGACGACGCAGCUGCAGCUGAAGAAAUUGAAGCUGAAGAGACGGAGUUGGCAGACUUAGAGGCAAGGAAGGCUAGAAAGGGUAAGCUUUCUUCUAAGAGCACCGAAAGAUAUCAGUAUCUGAAGGAACGCUCUGAGAAACGAGCUGCGGAUGCAGCCGCUGCAGCCGCAGCGGCUGAGGAAGAACCGGCCCCCGAAGAUGAAGAUGCUCCCGAGGAGGUUGAGGAAGAGCCCGAGGCUGAAGAAGAGGCUGAGGCCGACGAUGCAGUUGCGGCUGAGGCAGCUGCUCGUGAAGCUGAGGAGAUUGCGGCCGAAGAGACAGAGCUCGCGGACCUUGAGGCUAGGAAAGCUAGGAAGGGAAAACUCUCUUCUAAGAGUACUGAACGAUAUCAAUAUCUCAAGGAGCGCUCAGAGAAACGGGCUGCGGAUGCAGCAGCAGCAGCAGCAGCAGCAGAAGAAGAAGCCGAGCCAGAUCCGGAACCUGAAGAGGCCCCGGAGGAUGAUGAAGGCGACGAAGAGGAUGCAGAGGAUGUUGAAGAUGCUGAAGCAGCAGCUGCUCAAGAGGCCGAAGAGGCUGCUGCAAAGGAAGCUGAAGAGAUCGAGGCCGAAGAGACAGAGCUCGCGGACCUUGAGGCUAAAAAAGCUAAAAAGGGAAAAAUAUCUAGCAAAUACCGGGAGAGGUAUGAUUAUUUAAAAGAGCGUUCGGAGAAACGGGCAGCAGAUGCCGCUGCUGCAGCAGAGGCCGCCGCUGAGGCUGAAGCAGCUGCCGCCGAAGCUGAAGCCGCCGCCGCCGCCGAGGAAGCCGCUGCAGCAGAAGAGGCUGCCGCUAGAGAAGCUGAGGAGGCUGCUGCAAAGGAAGCCGAAGAAAUUGAGGCUGAAGAGACAGAGCUCGCCGAGCUGGAGGCCAGGAGAGAAAAGAGGUUUGGAAGGCUUCCCACUAAGAGCCGCGAGAGGUAUGAGUAUUUGAAAGAGCGUUCUGAUCAGCGGGCUGCGGCUGCGGAAGCAGCAGCUCAAGAAGCAGCAGAAGCAGCAGCCAAGGAAGCCGAGGAGGCUGCCGCCGCAGAGGCCGAAGAAGCAGCAGCCAAAGCAGCAGAGGAAGCUGCAGCGAAGGCCGAGGAAGACGCUGCGGAUGAUGCAGAAUUCGCGGCCCUCGAGGCUAAGAAAGAGAGGAGGGGGAAGUUGGGUAAGAAGGAUAAGGAGCGAUACGAGAUGCUGCAGAGCAAGAUUGAAGCCAGAGAAGCUGCUGCUGAAGAUGCCCCGGAUGAGCCAGAACCCGAGCCAGAAGAACCUGAGGAACCAGAGGAACCUGAACCCGAGCCGGAGCCGGAGCUCGACCCGGACGAAGUUGAAGAGCUUCUGGCUGAUCCACCCCCGAAGCCAAAACCAACCAGUGAUGCCUUCAGUUUCUGGGGCCUGGGGAGGAGGAAGAAAGCGACAGUUGUGGAAGAACCCGUCGAACCGGAGCCGCCAGCGGAAGAGACGCCAAGAUCUAUGGGAGGUAAGAUUGCUGAUAAACUCCAAGCUUUUGAGUCUGCUCCGCCAAACGUGGAAGCCGAACCAACUGAGCCACCUCCGGCGGACCCCCCCUCAGUGCAAAAGAAAAAUCUCACGAAAAAGAAGAAUAAGAAGUUGACCAUCAAAGAAGAUAACCCCGAGGACGACGAGGAUUUGCCUGGCACAUUCCCGGAUGACGAAGACGACACAUUCGAAGACGCGAAAGAAGAGGAAGAAGAGGUAGAGGAAGCAAAGGAGGAGGAGGAGAAGGAAGAACCGCCUGCAGAAGAGGAGCCUCCCGCACCAGAGGAACCCGAGAAAGAAGACGAGAUCGUCGAGAUCAUCGACAUGGCCCCAUCGAAGAAGGACAAGAAAAAGAAGAAGAAGAGCAAGCACAAAGCUGUCGAGCCAGCGCCAGCACCCGAGCCAGAACCUGCACCCGAGCCAGAAGAGCCAGCACCCGAGCCCGAGGAGGAGGCACCGGAGCCAGAGGCGGAACCCGAGGCUGAAGCUGAAGCAUCAGAAUCCGAGCCCGAAGCACCACCGGCCGUCCCCGAUCCUCCCCCACCCCCGCCGUCGGAGCCUAGAUCCCCCAAGAAGACUCGGCCAAAGAUCAGCCGCGAUGCCGGCUCAUCAUGGAGCACAUGGAACUCACGCGAAAAAGAAAAGAAAUCGUCAAAGUCUAAGCACGGAAAACGAUCAGCAGAGAAGGAAGAUAAGGAGAAGGAGAAGACUUCUUCCAAGGGGUCAACGUCAGACAAAGCAGAGCGUUCAGAGAAAGCGUCUUCUCGAUCAAAGGGAACGUUCAGCACACCCCCGAUCACUAGGGCAACACCUGGUCGCGAGAAACGUCCAAGUGCUAGUCGUCGGUCGUCUCGACGGUCCGUGGAUGAAUCUGGAUUGAUGUCUCCUCCCGCUGAAGACAUGCCCGAGAUGUCAUCGAAAGCUGCUCGCGUUUUGGGUGUCGACGGGGACAAGCCUCGAGAGAAGCGAAGAUCUCGCAAGUCGCGUGCCCCUGAAGCCGAUGCGAGUGGAGAGGUAGAUGCAGCCCAAGAAAGGGUUGAGCGACGACGAUCAAGGAGAGCCCCACCGGAGGAAGAUAUUGCUAUGGCAGAUGCAGGAGACAUGCCCUCAAGACGUGGCUCAUCCUCAAAGAAGGGAGGUCUCUCGGGAUUGUUCAGUGGCCUUAGGAGCCCUAAGGUUGAGCGAGGUGAGGGCAGGAAACGCAGCAUGUAUUCUGCAACUGAUGAUGAGGGACGAGGCGGCGCAGAUGGUGAUCCUGAUAGAGAGGCUCGACGGGCUGCACGCAGAGCUCGACGAGCAGAGCGCGAUGCUGCGGAAGCAGAAGCCACCGAAGAGCGGCGAGCUAAGGAAGAGUCGCGCCACGUGAACGUCGUCGUACUCAGCAAACCGAAGGCACAGAGGAUGAAGAAGAUCGCCGUAGACGACGCGAAGAACGGCGAGCAGCCAAAGAAGCUAGGGAGGCUGAAGAGGCCCAGUACCGAAGCAGUCGCCAAGCUGAGCAGUCGGGAGACGAGGGCUCCUCUUCUCGCAGGCACCACCGCCGGAGGGAACGUGAGCGAGAACGAGAGCCAGUUGGCGAAGCAUGGCCCCAUUCUGGAAUGUCAUCAUGGGUCAAGGACGUCACGGACGCACCGCCGCCAGACCAAUUUGACGAGGAGCAAGCUCGUCGGGAAGCCCGCCGAGCGAGACGAAGUGCCAGGGCUGAGGAUGUGA